CACGCAGAGAAUCCCGGGGAGCGGCAGGUGUAGAAUGCCGGGAGGGGCGGGCACGGAUUCCCAGAGGGGGCGUGGCCGGAGUCCUUUGUCCGCACGGCCCGGGGGAGGGAAGGGGUGUGUCCUGUGACGUCAGCGGGUCCGGACUGCCAGGUAGCGGGGGGCCCCGGCCACCGAGCGGGGAGAGCCCGGCCCCGAGAGGACAGCUCGGGAAGCCGAGCGCGGCGGGAACCGGCUGGGAGCGGAGCCCAGCCGAUCAGCACGCGCAGAGUGACCCGCAGGCCCCGCCCGUGCCCAGUCCCUCCCCGGGCCCCCCAUGGCCGGGGCCGCAGCCCUUCCGUCGUCGGGAUCGUCGCCGCCGCCGCUGCUGCUCCCGCUGCUGCUGCUGCUGCUCCGGGAAGCCGGAGCCCAGGAUGUGCAAGUGCACAUGCCCCCAGAGGUGCUGGGACACUUGGGGGGCACUGUGGAGCUGCCGUGCCACCUGCAGCUGCCAUCACCUGAAGUCCAAGUCUCGCAGGUGACGUGGCUGCGCCUGGACACGGCCGGGAGCAGCCAGAGUGUGGCUGUCUUCCAUCCUGCAUAUGGUUCCAGCUUCCCCAGCCUACAGCCUGGCAAGGAGCGGCUGUCCUUUGUUACUGCUGGGCAGAGCACUGGGGCUGGGCAAGGCACGAAUAUGGGGCGCUGGGACGCCACGCUGGCCCUCCAGGGGGUGAUGGUGGAGGACGAGGGCAACUACACCUGCGAGUUUGCCACCUUUCCCAAGGGCACCGGCCGAGGGGUGACGCAACUCAGAGUCAUAGCCCAGCCCCAGAACCACGCUGAAACACAGGAGGUCACACUCAGCCUGGAACCUGUGCCCGUGGCCCGCUGUGUCUCUACAGGGGGCAGGCCAGCUGCCCGAAUCUCCUGGCUGUCACCCCUGGACGGGGAGGCCAAAGAGAGCCAGAUGUCAGGGCCCUUGCCUGGCACAGUCACCGUCACCAGCCGCUUCACCUUGGUGCCCUUGGGCCGAGCAGAUGGUGUCAAGGUCACCUGCAAAGUGGAGCACGAGAGCUUUGAGGAGCCGGCCCUGCUGCCUCUGUCCCUCUCAGUGCGCUACCCUCCUGAGGUCUCCAUCUCCGGCUAUGAUGACAACUGGUACCUCGGCCGUAAUGAGGCCAGCCUGAACUGUGAUGCCCGCAGCAAUCCAGAGCCCAUAGGCUACGACUGGAGCACGACUUCAGACACCUUUCCAGCCUCAGCAAUAGCCCAGGGCCCCCAGCUGAUCAUCCACUCGGUGGACAGGCUGAUCAAUACGACCUUCAUCUGCACCGUCACCAACGCCAUGGGGACGGGCCGUGCCGAGCAGGUGGUCCUAGUUCGAGAGACCCCCAACACAGCGGGCGCAGGGGCCACAGGUGGCAUUAUUGGGGGCAUCAUUGCUGCCAUCAUUGCUACGGCUGUGGCCGCCACAGGCAUCCUCAUCUGCCGGCAGCAGCGGAAGGAGCAGAGGUUGCAGGGGGCAGAGGAGGAAGAUUCCCUGGAGGGACCUCCCUCUUACAAGCCACCGACCCCGAAGGCAAAGUUGGCGGAGCCAGAGAUGCCCUCCCAGCUCUUCACCCUGGGGGCCUCUGAGCACAGCCCACUCAAGAUCCCCUACAGUGAUGCUGGCGUCUCAUGCACUGAGCAGGAAAUGCCUCGAUACCAUGAGCUGCCCACCUUGGAAGAGCGGUCCGGACCCCUGCUUCUGGGGGUCUCGAGCCUGGGGUCCCCUAUCCUGACGCCUCCAGGGCUGCCUACUGUGGAGAGGGUUUCCCUGGACUUAGAGGAGGAGGAGGAGGAGGAGGAGAAAGAAAGCUAUCUGGACAAGAUCAACCCCAUCUACGAUGCCCUGUCCUACUCCAGCCCUGAUUCCUACCAGGGCAAAGGCUUUGUCAUGUCCCGGGCCAUGUAUGUGUGAGCUGGCAUGGCCCUGUUCUCUCACCUCUCAGUUCUUCAUCCCUCAAGUUUCUGCCAACACUAGAUCUAGGGAUCUACUGCCCCUUGAUCCCUGGCCAGGCCAUGUCAGUUAACACACACAGACACACACACACACCUCAUUUGUGACUUCUACCUUGCUGGCUCCACUGUGGCCUCUAAUCCACGAUCUCUGAUCCAGAGAAACCAGCCAUGACAAUGGAAACUGGGUAACUUUAUCUCAUGAGGCGGUGGGGGGUAUGUCCUUUGACCCAAGGACUCCUAAGACUGUGACCUUAGAUCAUACCUCUCAUGUCCCACCAUCUCCAGGCUCCCCCCAGAUCCCAAAGAAGACUUCAGACCUUUUGAUUUGUGCUCAGAAGUAAACUCCCAAUAGCUCUGCUGGGGUGGGCAAAGAGAGCACCUUGCUGCUCAGACCUGAGCCCUCCAGGCAGCAGAGUUCCACUCGCCCUCCUUCCCACCCUGUCUGUUCCCUAGAGACAGGAGGGAGGGGAUUCCCCAGCCCAAGACAGAGCUUCCCAUCUCCUCUCUCCUGCAGGCAGGAGUCUCAGCGUCCAGACCCAUCCCUGAGCCCCCACCACCCCAUUUCCUGUCUACAGGGAAUUAAGCCCCAGCUCAGAGUCUCAUGCAGAGUGUGCCUUGCUGGCCUCAGCCUGGGGAGAAUUUGCUGGGACUUUAAAGACUACUAAUCCCUUUAACUCCUGCCCAGUGGGAUGGGACCCAGACAUCUCCCUGGCAGGGGAAAGCGGGUCACCUGGGUUGGGGAUAGGGAAUAUAUUACUGUUUUACAAAAUAGGAAUUUAUACUUUGA